UGCAGGGAGCCCAGCUGCAUGGCAGCAGUGCCCGGCAUCGAGGAAGGGCCGAGAGUGGCGCGGUGCUGGGGGGAGCAGGGAGAGGGGGUGGGAUACGGCCAGGGAUAAAUAAUUCCCGGGAGGGGUGUGGGGGGGCUCUCCGGGCUGCGGGAAGCGGGGCUGGCGAUGGGGCUGGCUCUGGCUGUGGGGCUGGGGCUGGCUCCCCGCGCCGCCGGGGCUCAGCACCACUCGGCGCAGCCAGCGUCCCGUCCUGCCGCCGGGCGGCGAGUCCCCGCGGGCACGGAGCCCUCCCGGGCCCCGGUGAUCGCUGCCCCUCGCGGUGCCGCCCGCCUGCUCCCGCCUGCUCUCGCCUCCCUCCCACGAGCCCGGCCACGCGUGUUUCCAGAGCGGGCUCGCCCCCACUCCCGUGGGCUUCCCGAUGCCCCGCGCGGGGCCGCGAUCCCGGGGGCGGCCGCCAGGGGACGCUGCUUCCACCGGGACCCUCCCGCCGCGGAACCCGCCUGCGCGGCUGCGGCUGCGCCCGGCCCCGAGCGGCACCGGACCGGCCCCGGCGCCGAGCGGCGGCCAGGCUCCGGCCCCGCCAUGGCGCGGGACCCGGCCUUCGUGCUGCGCUACCUGGCCGAGGUGGAGGAGCUGGCCGAGGACGUGCUGGCGGCACGGCAGCAGAUCGUGGACCUGGACGUGAAGCGGAACCGGAACCGCGAGGCCUUGCGGGCGCUGCAGAAGGACCCGGAGCCAGACGGCAAGGCCAUGGUCUGCUUCGGGAACAUGUUCAUCGAGCUCCCAAAAGCACAGACCAAGGAGAUGCUGCAGAAGGACCAGGAACAUCUGGAUGAGGAGAUAAACAAUCUCCGGAAAGAGCUGCGUGUGAAGGUCAACCGCCUCUUUGAAGCUCAAGGUAAAGCUGAGCUGAAGGGAUUUAACCUGAACCCCAUGACGGCUGAGGAAAUGAAGCUCAUCAAUCGCAUCCUGGAGGGCUGAGGUGGCCGUGCCAUCGUCACAGCGCUUCUUUAGGCUGUUGCUCAUGGAGCUCAUGCUGCAAUAGCUGCAGCCUUUGCGGUUUGCAGGAGGACAUCAGUGUGCCUGGGGCCCACCCCGGGUGAGGUCCCUGGCAGGUGCUGGGAAGUGUUUGGCUCCUCAGCUACGACGCUGCACUUUCCUUGGAUCACAAACCCUUUCCUGCUCCUUGCUGCAGCCCGGGUGGCAGAACUGUGCCGAGGCACGGGCUAGGACACAGCAUCAGGCAAAUAAAUGCCCAUGGCUGGGGUGGAAGUGGGAUUAUUAAAAUCAGAGCAGCAGGACAUUCCUAA